AUGGACGAACCCGGCAUCAGUGGUAUGUUGGAGUCUCUAAGGAGAGACCAGCAACCUGGCGCUAUCAACAAGUUCCUACAAGGGGAACUUGCCGUCGCAAGGCAGAAGAUAGCAUUGCUACAGCAGCAAGGCUCUCAUCAAUCGAUGGGCGGUCCGACGCGCACGCAUCGACCCGAAACCUUGAAGAGUAGUAUCUCAAGGUACAAGGAAACCGAUGAAGAUUCUCCUUUAAAAUGGUUUGUCGAGUUAGACGAUGCCAUCAGGGCCCGUCACAUCGAGGGUGACGAGAUGCAAGUCACUUUCGCCCUGUCAAAUUUGACAGGACGAGCAAAGACUUGGGCCUUAGGGCUCAAUCUUCACGAUCCAAACGUGUUUGAGUCGUUAGAGAUCUUGAAGCCUCGGCUUAGAGAGACGUUUGAGCCUCCGAGAACCGGUUUCAAAGCACGCUCUCCACUCUUGAGACUCAAGCAAGGUAAGCGUGACGUGCACGCUUAUGCACAGCACCUGCGCUACCUUGCGAGUAGCGUCAUGGAAUACCCUGUUGAUGAGCACACGCUCAUCAACGUGUUCAUCUACGGCCUUGUAGAUGGGCCGGUGAAGACCUACAUGUUCCGAGAGGACUUCCAUACGCUGGAAAAGGAGAGAGCGUAUGUGGAACAAAAGACUUCAGCCUGA